AUGUCUCCGCUCGGCGCUUCAGCAACCGCCUCGGGGCUGAUCCCUGCACAAACCCAGCAUCACAUCUCCACAUAUUGCUCUCUGUCUCCAGCCUAUCAGCGAGCAUUGCAAUUUCGGGCUACUGGGAAGCGCGAAGCCAGGCUAUGCCUAGAAGCAUGA